CUCUCUCUCUCCCUUCAGUCCGAGCUCUGAAAAAGUAUUUACUUCUAGAAGAGCCGCAUCCCUAGGUCUCCGUUUGCUGUCCACACGCCCCUCACUCUCUCUCUAAAAUCAUCAAAUCGUAUAGAGCUGGCCAUGAAUUGUUUUUAGCUUUGUUAUCUCUGUAUCAUCUCUGUCUCUCUCAGCUUCAUCCUUAUCUGUAAAUUUUUGUGCUUUUUUAUGUGAACUUCGUCAUGCAUAAAACAGCUUCAGCCUCAGCCUCAGCCUCUGCGCUCCUCAGAGCGUCUAGGGCUAGACUUUCUUCGUCUCUCUCUUCCUCCGUUACUAGACCCUCUGCUCUCGCUUCUCCAACUCCCGAGGUCUCUCCUUCUUCUCUCGCCAAUACAACUCAACACCGAUCUCUCAGUUUCUCUGCUGCAGUUCGAUCCUUCGGGUGCUCCGUACCUCGCUGGAGCCACAGAGUUCAUUGGCAGUCUCCGGUUAGUCUCCGGCCUCAGAUCAGAGCCGUUGCUCCUGUGAUUGAGCGAUUCCAGCGAAAGAUCGCCACUAUGGCUGCUGAACAUCCAUUCAAGGGAAUCUUUACAACUCUCCCCAAGCCGGGUGGUGGUGAGUUUGGGAAGUUCUAUAGUCUGCCUGCUCUAAAUGAUCCAAGGAUUGAUAAGCUGCCUUAUUCCAUCAGAAUCCUCCUUGAAUCUGCCAUUCGUAACUGUGACAACUUCCAAGUCACAAAAGAAGAUGUUGAGAAGAUCAUUGAUUGGGAAAAUACAUCACCAAAGCUUGUGGAAAUUCCCUUCAAGCCUGCCCGGGUUCUCUUGCAGGAUUUUACUGGAGUACCUGCUGUUGUUGACCUUGCUUCUAUGCGUGAUGCCAUGAGCAACCUUGGUGGUGAUUCCAACAAGAUCAACCCUUUGGUUCCUGUAGAUUUGGUUAUUGAUCAUUCAGUUCAAGUUGAUGUGGCACGUUCAGAAAAUGCUGUGCAGGCAAAUAUGGAGCUUGAAUUUCAAAGGAACAAGGAGAGAUUUGCUUUUCUCAAAUGGGGAUCAAAUGCUUUCCAUAAUAUGCUUGUUGUUCCUCCAGGUUCUGGUAUCGUGCAUCAGGUGAAUCUUGAAUACCUUGGAAGGGUUGUUUUCAACGCUGAUGGCAUUCUCUACCCUGAUAGUGUGGUUGGAACUGAUUCUCAUACAACCAUGAUCGAUGGGUUAGGAGUUGCUGGUUGGGGAGUCGGAGGUAUUGAAGCAGAAGCUGCAAUGCUUGGCCAGCCCAUGAGCAUGGUGUUACCUGGUGUUGUUGGGUUCAAGUUAUCUGGAAAAUUACGCAAUGGUGUAACAGCUACUGACUUGGUUUUGACUGUGACACAAAUGCUGAGGAAGCAUGGUGUUGUUGGCAAAUUUGUUGAGUUUUAUGGGGAUGGUAUGGGUGAGCUAUCAUUGGCUGAUAGGGCCACUAUAGCUAACAUGUCUCCUGAGUAUGGUGCAACCAUGGGAUUCUUCCCUGUGGAUCAUGUUACUUUACAAUAUUUAAAAUUGACUGGAAGAAGUGAUGAAACUGUGGCAAGGAUAGAAGCAUAUCUUCGUGCUAAUAAGAUGUUUGUUGACUAUAAUGAGCCCCAACAAGAAAGAGUGUACUCAUCUUAUCUGCAAUUGAACCUUGAUGAUGUUGAACCAUGUAUUUCUGGACCAAAGAGACCUCAUGAUCGUGUUCCUUUGAGAGAAAUGAAGGAUGACUGGCAUUCUUGUCUUGACAACCAAGUUGGAUUCAAGGGCUUUGCUGUACCAAAAGAAGCACAAGACAAGGUGGCAAAGUUCUCAUUCCACGGACAACCAGCAGAGCUGAAGCACGGUAGUGUGGUGAUUGCUGCAAUCACAAGUUGCACAAAUACGUCAAAUCCCAGCGUCAUGCUUGGGGCUGGUCUUGUUGCAAAGAAGGCUUGUGAACUUGGUUUACAGGUCAAACCAUGGAUAAAGACUAGCCUUGCCCCUGGUUCUGGAGUUGUUACAAAAUAUUUGCAGUGCAGUGGGCUGCAGAAAUAUUUGGAUCAACUGGGCUUCAAUAUUGUUGGAUAUGGCUGCACAACAUGCAUUGGGAAUUCUGGUGAAUUGGAUGAGACCGUUGCUUCUGCUAUCUCAGAGAAUGAUAUUAUAGCCUCUGCUGUGCUCUCUGGUAACCGGAAUUUCGAAGGUCGGGUUCAUGCCUUGACAAGAGCCAACUACCUUGCUUCACCUCCUUUGGUGGUUGCCUAUGCUCUUGCUGGCACGGUAGACAUUGACUUUGACAAGGAGCCAAUUGGAAUUGGGAAGGAUGGUAAGAAUAUCUAUUUCAAGGAUAUCUGGCCAACUACAGAAGAAAUUGCAGAGGUUGUGCAAUCAAGUGUGUUGCCUGAAAUGUUCAAAAGCACUUACGAGGCUAUCACAAAGGGUAAUCCUAUGUGGAAUCAGUUAACUGUACCAGCUACAACUUCAUACUCAUGGGACCCUAACUCUACCUACAUUCAUGAGCCUCCAUAUUUCAAGAACAUGACCCUGAAUCCUCCUGGAGCACAUGGAGUGAAGGAUGCUUACUGUUUGCUGAACUUUGGCGAUAGUAUCACAACGGAUCACAUUUCUCCAGCAGGAAGCAUCCACAAGGACAGUCCUGCUGCCAAGUUCCUCCUUGAAAGAGGCGUAGACCGCAGAGACUUUAACUCGUAUGGAAGUCGACGUGGAAAUGAUCAAGUGAUGGCUAGGGGAACUUUUGCUAAUAUUCGCCUUGUUAACAAACUUUUGAAUGGGGAAGUUGGACCAAAAACGGUACACAUUCCCACCGGAGAGAAACUCUAUGUUUUCGAUGCAGCAACUAGGUACAAGACUGCUGGACAUGACACCAUUAUUUUGGCUGGAGCUGAGUAUGGAAGUGGAAGCUCCAGAGAUUGGGCUGCCAAGGGUCCAAUGUUAUUGGGAGUUAAAGCUGUAAUUGCCAAAAGUUUUGAGAGAAUUCACCGCAGUAAUUUGGUGGGAAUGGGAAUUAUUCCACUUUGUUUCAAGCCUGGUCAGGAUGCAGAUACACUAGGGUUGACUGGUCAUGAGCGGUAUACCAUUGACCUCCCAAGCAACAUCAGUGACAUAAGGCCUGGCCAAGAUGUAACUGUCACCACUGAUAAUGGAAAGUCUUUCAAAUGCACAGUUCGCUUUGACACUGAGGUGGAGUUGGCUUAUUUCAACCAUGGAGGCAUUCUGCCUUAUGUUAUCCGCAAUCUGAUGAAACAGUGAAUCAAAUGAGAUGUGGCUCCUGACAUUUCUCCAAGGAAUGAGUUCUUUCAAUUUCAAUUGUAACAUCUGAGAAGAUAAUAAGCUUUUUCAAUAAUUUUGACGGGACAAGCAAUUUUUUUAGCACUUUUGAGGCGGCAAGGAUGAGCAAUACAAAUUAAUUUUCUGUUUUGAUGACUGCUAGAUAAGUUCCAUUGUGAUUCCAUUAUUAUGGAUGUUUGAAUGUCCAUAAAAAUUGGUAAAUUCCUGUAAAACUAUUUUAUUGAUUGCACCAUUUUCUAAUUUUAGAGGAAUACCUAAUGUCUCUCUUCACUUUUUAUUUA